UUCAAGCAACCAUAUCGCUCGACUUGUCUACUUUCCCGCCUAACAGCCGCCACGGAAACUCUAGCAACGCUUACACUGGUCACAUGUGCUACUGUCCCAUGCACCUUGACCUCUCGGCACCCAGAAACUCGGUGGGUGAAUGGGUCGGGUCGGGAACACCCCUUACCCCUGGGUACCCCGUUCAGCUCGUGACGUUUGAAGACGGGGAAUCUACUUUUCUUUGCGCAGGAUGCGCCAUUUCUGCCGUUAGGUGUUCCACGGGAAAUCCCGACGAGAACGAGAUGGUCGUAGGAACAGUCACGCGCAAGACUAUGGAGACUGCCGGUAUCUAUGAAGACUACAAGAACACCUUUAAGAAGGCAGUUUCUGUACAGUCAGGAGCUAUGGCUCCAGAGGGGAAGAUCCUUUCCGUCUGGGUGAAAGAGACCCCGCUCAAGAUUGACAGAGACACCAUGACUGAUCCAGACACGGUGUCGAAAAAAUAUCGAGAUUUUGCAAAACGCCAGACUGUGGAUGAGUCCAGAGUAUCUUUAGCCGAGGAAUGGCAGGAUCAGGAUUGGGAAUAG